GACGACGCCGAGGGGAUGACGUCAGCACGUCCGCAGCCUAGCAGCCGAAGCGACGGUGUAAACAAAUCGAGCCUCCGCAAGCUUAGCAGACGGUGUUUCUUUUGAGAAAACUAGCCGCCGCGGGUAGGCAGCUUUCGGCAACACAUCGACGGAGCUGCGCUAGGUUGCCUCCUACCCGUUGGGACGCAAACAAAUUAGCUUAGCGUCACUGCUAGCUGUGUUAGCUUCGGCUAAGGUUAGAUAACGGUUUUAUUUUUUCGUUUCCCCAUCAGGCCAGAAUUUUCGCAACGCCGUUGCAUUAUUUAAACUCAUGCCGCUAAAGCCGCUGACGUGACGCGUUAGCUCGCAGCGAUGUAGCCGCUCGUGAUUGAAGGAGACUCGCUCGACAGAGACCCCCCCCCACCACCACCUGCCCUCCCUGGACAGAUGGCCACCUAGCCCCGCUGCUGACACCCGGAGGUGGACGGCGAUGUUCAGUUUGAUGGCGAACUGCUGCAGCUGGCUGAAGCGAUGGCGAGAGCCCGCCAGGAAGGUGACCCUGGUGAUGGUGGGCCUGGAUAACGCGGGGAAGACGGCGGCGGUGCGAGGAAUCCAGGGAGAGAAUCCGCAAGACGUGGCUCCCACCGUGGGCUUCUCCAAGGUGGACCUGAAGCAGGGGAGGUUUGAGGUGACGAUCUUCGACCUGGGAGGAGGGAAGAGGAUCCGCGACAUCUGGAAGAAUUACUACUCGGAGUCCCACGGCGUGGUGUUUGUGGUGGACUCCAGUGACGUUCAGCGCAUCCAGGAGACGCGGGAGACCAUGGCGCAGGUCCUGCAGCACCCGCGCAUCGCCGGGAAACCCGUGCUGGUACUUGCCAACAAACAAGACAUGGAGGGAGCGCUGGCCGAAGCAGACAUCAUCGAGAACCUGUCGUUGGAGAAGCUCGUAAACGAAAACAAGUGUCUCUGUCAGAUCGAGCCCUGCUCGGCCAUUUUAGGGUGCGGGAGAAAGGUGGACAAGUCCAUCAAGAAGGGCCUCAACUGGCUGCUCAGCAACAUCGGCAAUGACUACGAGGCCAUUGCCGAGCGCGUGCAGAAGGACACGGCGGAGCAGCGCGCCCUGGAGGAGCAGGACAAGAAGGAGAGGGCGGAGCGAGUGCGGCGCAUCCGGGAGGAGAGGGACCGGCAGGAGCGCGAGGAGGCGGAGCGAGAAGGAAGGCCCGUCCACGAGCAGGAGGCUGGCGACGAGGCGGUACAGAGCCCCUUCCAGCCCAUCGGGAACUUGAUCUCCAAGGACACAGAGCAAGGAACGCAGAGGAAGGAGCAGAUAGAGCUGCAACAGGACAGGAGCAACGGCCCCAGGGAGGGCCUGGAGCACGAGGAAGAGGAGGAGGACGAAGACGCCGCCGCCGGAGAGCCGAACGACACGAGACAAACGCCAGACAACACAACUUCAGGCGAGCAGAGCAGGAAGAGGACGAGCAAGCUGCACCUGAAGAGGAAGCACAGGGUGGACCCGCUGAGGACGGAGGACGGGCCGGCCCAGAGCCCCACGCCUCCGCCUGCGCCUGUGGGAUGGGCCACGCCCAAAGCCUCUAGACUGCCCAAACUCGAGCCGCUCGGGGACUCAGGACAUUCUGAGUUUUUCAAGAAGCCCCUCCCGCCGCUCGCCAACAGGCCGCGACCAAACGGCGACUCCCAAGACGUCAUCUCUUAAAGCUCCUUUACUGACUGACUGACUGAGGUGCGCUCCCGACCAAUCACGGCUCUCUCCUGUGCUUUCUGUCUCAAGCGAACGGCGUGUAGGCAACCAAACGGGACGACCGCGGGAGCCGGCGGCUGGAGGAAACGGAGCUCAAGAGCCGCGAUUUCAUUCCCCAAACUGUUUCAUGCUGAACUUGAACUCUCGGCCAGAUUCUACUGCAUCUAGAUCAUUUUUAAUUUUUACUAUCGAUCAGUAUUGCAAGUCGCCAGUCGGUGUGUCCGACUAAAAUGGUUUGAACUGAGGAACACUGUAAAUAAAACCUCAUCUAACCUUA